CAACCAGAUAUCAAACGUUAGCUUGAAAUAUAUGUGGGGCAUCUUGUAGUGUUUUCAGAUUAAAGUAUUGUGUAAAUCAGCCAACGUGAAGAACAUGCAGGGACGGCAUCGUUGCGUGUGCGUCUGUGGUGAGUAUGUCACGUCCUAAAACACAAGGGAUUCACUGAAAUCCUAUUGGUCUGCCGUUGGGGCAGCAGUGUGUAGGUAGAGUGAGAGUGUGUGGAAGUGAGUUUGGAGCAGAGAGGAGGGGUUUUUCCACUCAACAACAACACUGAGAGGAUGCAGCAGAAGGAAGAAGCAGCCUCUGAGUGACAGAUUCUUCUUUGGGUUUCUCUGACUUUGUCCUGAUUUGCAUCUUUUUUUUUCUUUUCCUCGCACUCUGCCUGUCCUGCUGAUUCUUCUCCUCUGUGUUUUGAAUACUCCGUCGUGUACGCAGACCUGCUACUGUAUUAAUUUGUCCUGUUCAUUUUUAAUGCCCGUCUGAUGGUGAGCAGCUCCCUCCUCCCCGUUUUCUUGUUGCCGCCAUCUCUUCGGUCUCAGCCUUUAACUUUAACCCUCGUUCACUUCCAGUCCUCCUUCCCUUCGCCCCGUCCGUUUGUGCGUAACGUUGCAAUGCCAGUACUGGACAGGCUCUGGGGCCCAGAUUUCAGGAUACGGGACUCCAGCCUUACCGUCGGGGUCUAUCCGGACGAGCCUCCUGGCUCGCGGGUUUGGGGACCCCUCAGGACCCCUCCUGUUACUUGUGGCGGCCUCCCGUUGACCCUGGAGCUCCCAGCUCUUAUACGGCAGCUCAGGGCAGCUUGGACAGCUCGCAGGAGAGGAACUCGGGGGCCGGAGCGAAGUGAAGGCAGCACUUGGACCGAAGCAGUGCAGGACGAAGCCAAAGAGGUCAAGCAGGACUUAGAGAACAGUAUUGCACACCUGGAAGCGGAUGGCAGGCUGAACGCUGGUCAUGCUGGUGUGCUGCUGGCAGAGAGACGAGGCUCCUACCCGCUGAUCGACCUGCAGCUCCUGAAACCGAGUGCACAGCAGGGGCAGGUUGAGUCUGGCACCAGGAGAAAGUUAAAGCGUCUGCUGAGCUUCCAGAGGUACUUCCACGCCUCCAGGUUGCUGAGGGGUUUGGUUUCACACACCCCCGGGUCGCUCCACCUGCUGGACGAUGACUACCUGGGACAGGCAGCUCACAUGUUAUCAAAAGUAGACUCAUGGAGCUUUGACAUUUUCCUCUUUGAUCGUCUUACAAACGGUAACAGUCUGGUGACUCUGAUGUGUCAUCUUUUCAACGUUUGUGGUCUGAUUCACCACUUCCAGCUGGACAUGGUUAAACUGCACAGGUUUCUUGGUUUGGUGCAGGAUGAUUACCAUUCCCACAACCCUUAUCACAAUGCUGUUCAUGCUGCUGAUGUGACUCAAGCCAUGUACUGCUACAUGAAAGAACCUAAGCUGGCAGAGCAUCUGACUCCUCUGGACGUGUUCCUGGGUCUGAUGGCAGCAGCAGCUCACGACGUCGAUCACCCCGGAGUCAACCAGCCUUUUCUCAUCAAGACCCGGCACCACCUGGCAUCCCUCUACCAGAACACAUCGGUGCUGGAGAGUCACCACUGGAGAUCCACCGUGGGCAUGCUGCGGGAGUCAGGGCUGCUGUCCCACCUGCCAGCUGACAUGUCGCAGGACAUAGAACAGCAGCUGGGCUCCAUCAUCCUGGCUACAGACAUCAGCCGGCAGAACGAGUUCCUGCUGCUGUUCAGAGAACAUCUGGACAACCAGGACCUGGACCUUCAGCUGGCCUCUCACAGACACUUUAUACUGCAGAUUGCUCUGAAAUGUGCUGAUGUGUGUAAUCCAUGCCGGGACUGGGAGCUGGGCAGGCAGUGGAGUGAGAGAGUGUGUGAGGAGUUCUACAGGCAGGGUGACCUCGAGAGGAAGUUGAACUUGGAGAUUAGUCCUCUGUGUGACAGACAGACAGACUCUGUUCCAGCUGUCCAAAUCGGUUUCAUCUCGUACAUCGUGGAGCCUCUGUUCGACGAGUGGCAGCGCUUCACCGAGCCCAGCCUCCUCAGCCAGUUGAUGAUGAGCAACCUGCACAAGAACAAGGCCCGCUGGGGUCGUCUCCGAUGCGUACACGCACCUGCAGAAACGCAAGCCGAGGAGCCUGAAGCUGAGGAAAGAGACGGAGGAGGGGAGGACAUUCCUUAAACCGCUCCUUGCAUUUCCCAGAGGUUUAAUCAUCCUUUAUUCCGGGAGGAGAGGAGUGUUUAUCCCUUUAUUCCUCCCUCAGCUUGCUCAAAAGGCUCUGAGAGGAGGGGAGCCGUGGAAGGCAGCUCAGCCAGGAUACGUGAAAAAACAGCUCCCUCUGCUGGAGCAGAGGAGGAACAACAUAUUUUUAAAAAAUAAACGGAGAGAUCCAUUGUGAGGCAAAAAGAUAAUAUCUUAGUAAAAAAAAAAAGCAAAUACUGACAUAUCUGCUUCGAAAGAACAAAUAAAAGAUGUGUUAAAAUGAAACGUUUAUGGUUGUAAAAGAUAACUAAUGUAGUUUACACAGAACUGAUAGAAUAAUAGAAAAAAGUAAAAGCCAAAAGUAUUUACAAGUCAGCUGGACUGAGAUGGAAAAGCUGUGGCAUAAUAAUAAGAAUAUAUAAAUAAAUAUAUCGACAAUUCCUUUUUAAAUGUUACAAUGAUACGUAUUAAUCUCUUUUCAUUGUUUCUUGUUUUAUGUUUUUGUUUUUUUGUAAUGCUCGCACUCCUGUCAGGCUAGAAACGCGUUUUUAAAGCUUUUAGCACCAAGUUCUGGUCAGGUGCUGUCAACUGAACAGGACUGACUCAGCCCAUCGGUGAGAAGCGACUGCAGAUGAGAAGAGCCAUAAAAAAAAAAGUUUAAAACGAUAAGUUUGUUUGUGUAAUAGUAUAAGCUGUAUAAUCUGUACAUACUGUGAUGGACACCUCCAGCACUCCACAUGCCAAAACUCGGAGCAGUGUUUUCAUCCUCUCACCGGUGUUAACUCUGUCACAGCCAAACAAGCUCACCUACAACGAAGCCUUAACAGUGAAACGUGUUCUUGUUUAGUGUUUUCUGGACAAAAAAAUAAUUAUAAUUAAAAAAAGAAACAGUUUCUGCCUGUCGUUCCAGCCAUAUCCUGAAAGCCACACGGUUCUGUAGAAGCUUGUCUCCUGACUCCUCUGAUUGUGUAUCAGGGUCAGGUCGGGUCGGGGACCUGCGACGUUUUGCCAAGAUGUUCAUGUACUGUUAUAAAAAAAACAUCAGCUCACGUCUUUGUUACCUUUUUCUACUUCACUUUUUACGGCAGGCACUGUGUGCACUGUAGAAACUACAGCUGCCUCUUUGAUUCUAAUAUAUUUUAUUCUGCACUUAAUCUCAAAGUACAUGCUACCUUUUACUAGAGGAAAAGAUGGGACUGAAAUCCUAUUUAUAAAUGUUUAUUGGCAGUGAUCGCACUGAGGACGUGACUUCCUGCGGCAACUCUUUGCAAAUACAAGUUGAUCUUAACGGAAAAUGUACAGUUUAUAUUUUGUCACUCUGCAAAAAAACAACAAAAAAAAACAUUGUUCAUUUUAAUACGGUGUGAUUGACACUGUGCAACAGGAUUAACUAAACCAGCACUGAAUAUUAUGUAAGAUAAUAAAAGGUUUUGUUUACAGUAAGUGUAACAAAUUUGAUUUUACUUGCAGAAUUUGUUCUAAAAUGACAAAUUGUCAGCGUUCUGUCUUCACUGAUCUAAUUGUCAGAACGAUUUUUUUUAAUCUCUGCUUAUAAUUUCUGUCUUUAUUUUAUUUGGUGCUCACUGUUUUAAUCACAGAAUGUCUCAGAACACGUGUUGAACUUUCUCGCAUUUCUAAUUGUCUCUUUAAAUACCAGAAAGUAACAUGAAACACGCCGAAUAGGUCUUUUUUUUCUUUCUUUUUUUUUCUUUUUUUUACAGCUUCCAGCCCUGAAAACAAACCUGUUUUUAACUCUUGACUUUAGCUUUAGAAAAAUGCUACCUAUAAUGUUCUGGUUGAUUAUUGUUGAGUCAUGUUUUACCUGUCAGUGUAGAGCUGGUACAGAUAAACAGCUGAACUCUGAAUAAACACUGUUACAGGGUAAAGGAGCCAUAACUGGUUUUACGCAGUACUACAGGUAUGUACUGUUGUGUACAAGCCUGAGUAAUGUCAGCUUUUACUACACACAUGUACCUUCACAUCACACAGUCUGACUCUUUGGAAAUAAAGAUAUUGUUACAGAAACA